AUGGCAGGGUCUGUGCCUGUAGCAAAGGCGCUGGCCGACAUCUACCCCCCAACUGCUCUGCCAACGCAGCUGCCACGGUGGAAUGAUCUUCUCCAGGGCUUCGAGAAGAAGUAUGGCUACCGAGCUUCCAAUGUCGCGCGCUCCCCCGGCCGCGUCAAUAUCAUCGGCGAGCACAUCGACUACUCCCUCUACGCGGUCCUGCCCAUGGCCAUUACGGCAGACUGCCUCCUCGCAUUCUCUGCCAAACCGUCCAGCUCACAAGAGAGCUUCCGUAUCCGCAUCGCGAACGUGGACGAUGCCAAAUUCCCCGCCAGAGAGUUUACAUUACCGGCCGACGGUGGGUUUGAGAUCGACGCCACGGUGUUUGAAUGGAGCAAUUACUUCAAGAGUGGGCUGCGGGGCGCACUGGAACUACUGAGGAAAAAACGAGGUACGGAUGUGAAGCUUCACGAUAUCGAUCUGCUCAUGGAUGGGACCGUCCCCAUUGGAGGUGGACUGAGCUCGAGUGCUGCAUUUGUGACAUCCAGUGCGCUCACCGUCCUGCUGGCCAACGGUGAGGAGAGCGUGGACAAGAAGGAGCUAACAGAGCUCGCCAUUGUGAGCGAGCGUGCUGUUGGUGUCAACUCUGGAGGCAUGGACCAAUCAGCCUCUGUACUUUCUGAGCAAGGCUCUGCCUUGCUCGUGUCUUUCAGCCCCAGCCUCGAAGCGAAGCCCAUCAAGUUCCCACCUACGCACCCCGAGCUCUGCUUCCUCGUGGCUCAAUCCUUCGUCACAUCGAACAAGCAAGUCACGGGUCCGAUAAAUUACAAUCUCCGCGUAGUCGAGGUCAGCAUCGCGGCCGCCUACUUGAACGCCGUGCUCAACCCCCCAGGCACGCCGCUCCCCGAAGAUGCUGGACCACUUGGCAUCAGCCUCCACGGGUUCCACGAUAACUACUUUUACCACCAGACCGCGUCCGACCUUUCUGCGCCGAAGAGCAUCAGCAAGGAGGAGGAGCUGAACAGGCUGAUCGCUGUGGUCAAGGAGACCCUGACGCAGGAGGAGGGAUACACGCGGGAGGAGGUCGCCAAGGUCCUGGGCAUCAGCGUCGCGGACCUCGAGAAGCGGUUCAUGUCGAAGCUGCCGGUGCGGGCGGAGCGCUUCAAGCUGCGCCAGCGCGCGCUCCACGUCUUCUCGGAGGCGCUCCGCGUGCUCCAGUUCCUCGCGGUGCUGGACCGGUCGGUCGAGCCCGGGGCGACGGACACGACGGCCUUCAACCAGGAGCUGGGGAGGCUCAUGAACGAGUCGCAGGAUUCGAGCAGGGCCCUGUACGAAAACAGCUGUGCGGAGCUGGACCAAAUCUGCGAGAUCGGGCGUGGAGCCGGGGCGUACGCCAGCCGACUGACGGGGGCCGGAUGGGGUGGAUGCACGGUACACCUGGUGCCGGCAGAUAGAGUUGCGAAUGUGGAGGAGGCCCUGGAGCGCGAGUACUAUUCCAAGAGGGAGCUGUCGGGCGAGCAGAAGGAGCAGGCGGUCGUGGUGAGCAGGCCUGGCCACGGGAGCGCCGUCUACGUCGUCCAAGAUAAGGUGGUGUAA